AUGGCAAACGAUUGUUAUUCUUCUUUUCACAAUCAACUCUAUUUGUUACCAACCAGCGAAGUAUCUCUCGUGAAUUUUUAUGCCAAUCAAGUUAUUCAAAAAUCUUUAUUACCGAUUAAAUUAACCGCCUUUUCUCAUUGUUUUCGCCGUGAAGCCGGCGCCGCUGGACGAGACAAUCGAGGACUGGUACGUUUACAUGAAUUUCAAAAAGUGGAAAUUGUGCGUUUAGUUCAAGCGAAAAAUUCAUAUGAGCAUUUAGAAGAAAUGAAAAAAAGAUGUUUGUUGCAUGCUUUGAAUGGGUCCGGACUGGCUAUUGAUCGUUUGUUUGCGGCUUUAUUAGAAAACCAUUAUGACGAAAAAACGAAUAAACACUGCCAGUUCCGCCUCCGAAAUAAUUUUAGGACUAUACGAUUGAACCGAAAGACCACAGCCGCCUUCGUCUAA